AUGGCCUUAGCCCAGUCAGACCAAGAACAGCAGAAGGACGCCUCUGUCCCCGAGGUGCCCAAGGAAAACGACCAGUCACUGAGUGUCAAUGCGCCGUCCCAAAAUGACGUGCCCGCUGUUCGCUUCUCCUCGGCGGUCGAGGAGAUUAACCCAGGCCCAACACCGUUAACGAGCCCUCCAGAGGAACCUGCACAGAGUCAGGAACAGGAACCUCAGCCGUCAGCCUCUGUCUCAGCCGAAGAUUUGAAAGAUGUUACACGAUCGCUACAAGCCCUUCCGUUACAGGAACGCCGCAUCAAUACCUAUCACUUCGAACCGUUUUCUUUACCACCCUCAAGAGUUCCAUCAAGAGACGAAGAUUCGCCUGGCCACUCGACGCUUCCUACGCCUUCAUCCGCACAGUUCCCCCAAUCGCCUCAUGGCAGCCCGAGGCUGUCAGCAAUGGCAUCACCGCCGCUCACUCCAGCAGGAUCAGCUCUUUCCCCGGAGAAGGAGAAGAUGAAGCCAUCUCUUCAGGUUGCACCAGUCGACGAUUACCAGUCAAUCACUCCCCAACCCUCAUCAUCAAACGAAAAAUCCCCCUCGCUGGGCCAGCGAGUACCUCUCGCACACCGACCUGCAUCUUCAGACCAGAUCUUUAAGCGAUCUGCCUCCGCCGAGGAAAGGCACCAGGAACUCACGUCACACCGAAGAGGCCUUAUGGGUAGGCCCGCAGGAUCUGUUCCCGUGUCCCGAGAAUCGAGCCCUUCGCGCAUUUCAGCUUCCAACUUUUAUUCGAAACCGAUGACUCCCGGCGGAGAUGCGAAUGAUCCGUAUGCCAAGGGCCGGCGUCCUCCUCAGCAAUCUGGACGACACUCGAUUGACCCGCGCUUCAUUUUCACGAAGAAGAAGAAACAGCAUGGUCCAUCUCCAAGCUCUUCUAAGAUGAGCCUGACGGAAAAGCGAUCGUCUGGUAUUUUUGGAAAGAGUACGAGCGACGACACUGCCAGCGAACGGGGUGUGCCCACCACUCAACACCACGGCCAUGGUCACCACCAGCACGGAGGCCAUGGCUCAAUGGCAGACCUCAAGCGGUUCUUCAAGAAGGGAGGCAGCCAUAAAAAACGGGAGUCCAAACAAGUGGCCACACCAUACUCGUCUACAAACGGCCUAAACACGCCCCCCGGUGCCCGGUCAUCUACACAGCUUCCGUUCGGAGAUGAUCAUGGGCUGUCCUCCAAGUACGGUAAGAUCGGCAAGGUGUUAGGUUCUGGGGCUGGUGGAUCUGUGAGGUUGAUGAAACGUAAGGAUGAUGGUACUGUGUUCGCCGUAAAGGAGUUCCGCGCCAGACAUACCUAUGAGAGCGAGAAGGAGUACAACAAGAAGGUGACGGCGGAGUUCUGUGUGGGGUCAACUCUGCACCAUGGCAAUAUCAUUGAAACUCUGGACAUAUUGCACGAGAAGGGACGGUGGUACGAGGUCAUGGAAUAUGCGCCGUUUGACCUUUUCGCGAUUGUCAUGACGGGGAAGAUGUCACGCGAGGAAAUCACUUGCUGCUUCUUACAGAUCUUGAAUGGUCUCACAUACCUUCAUAGUUUGGGCCUGGCUCAUCGCGAUCUCAAACUGGACAAUGUGGUCGUCAGUGACAAAGGGAUCAUGAAAAUCAUCGACUUUGGUAGCGCACAUGUCUUCAAAUAUCCAUUUGAAACUGACGCGGUUCCAGCCAAAGGUAUUGUUGGCUCUGAUCCAUACCUUGCGCCGGAGGUGUAUGAAUCUAAGGAAUAUGAUGCGCCUCCAGUUGACAUUUGGUCGCUUGCCAUCAUCUUCUGUUGCAUGACUCUCCGGCGCUUCCCAUGGAAGUUGCCCCGAAUGACAGAUAAUUCAUUUAAAUUAUUUGCAUCUGAGCCAACGCCUGAUCACGACCCUGCGGCAUUGGUCUACAAAUCUAAGCGAUCGGCGGAGUUGCUUAUGAUGUCGCCCAAGCCUGGUGACCACGAGAGCCAGCACUACUCUGACCAGCACCACAAUGAUGCUCAUUCGCACCAUCACAAGCGCGGAGAGUCUACUGCAACCAAGGCUCCAGAGCCUGAAAAGAUCGAAAAGACUGAAAACCCGGAAAAGACCGACAAGGCUGAAACGGCGGAGAAUUCUGAAAAGACUGAGAAGAGCGCGAAGCCAGAAAAGACUGAGAAGGCAGAGCCCUCCUCAUCGCAGUCUCAGCAACCGUCGGGUGAGAAGAAGGAGGUCAUCAGAGGCCCAUGGAGAAUUCUGCGCUUGCUCCCUAGAGAAAGCCGGCAUAUUAUUUGGAGAAUGCUCGAAAUGGACCCAAAGAAAAGAGCUACCAUGGAUGAAAUUUUGGCCGAACCCUGGGUCGCAGACACUAUCAUCUGCCAGCAGCUGGACAGCGGAGAGGUUAUCCCUGCUUGCGACCACGAACAUGUGCUGGAGCCGCCCAGCGCCCAGCCACAGCCCAAACCAUAG